AAAAUGGCUACCGGCGAGGAGGUUGUGGUGACAGAAGAGGUGCAAGCAAGGAGGACUGUGAUUCGAAGAGCUGGAAAUAAUGAUCACAGUCGUCGUCAUUGUGAUGAGCUAAGCAUUCUCAUCAACCAAGAUCCAUGCAGCAGAUCCUGUCAUACAAGGACAAGCAGCGACAACGAUUGGCUUAGAUGUUUAGAAACCGAGAAACAUCAUGGCUUCCCCACUGCAGGGAAUCAACCCAAGAUUCAGAAGGUUCCGGAACGGCGGCGCAAGAUUACACAGGACAAUCACAAAAGCUACUACGAUCCCCUCGUGGUCUCCAUUGGCCCAAUCCACCACGGCAAUGAGGAGCUCCGGGAAAUGGAGAAAUUCAAGAGACACCUCACGCGGAAAUUCGCGGAAGCGUGUUAUAAGGAGAAAGGAAUUGAUCUAGAUAAUGUGUACGAUAAAGUAGCAGAGAUAGCAGAGAGCGCCAGAAGCUGUUACGCCUAUGGCCUGACAGAACAGUACGACCACACAACGUUUGCGCGCAUGAUGUUCGUGGACGGCUGCUUUGUUCUCCAGUACAUUCACAGCACUGUCGGCGGCAACACCAGGGAAAUGAAGAUGAAGAGCGACGACAUAGCAUUCGUGCGAGGCGAUCUUCUGUUGCUGGAGAAUCAGCUGCCCUUCCAAGUGCUCCAGGCGCUAAUAAGCUGCAGGUUCAAUGAUAACGAAGAAGGAAUGAAAAUGAUAAACAAAUUCAUCAAACGGCUUCGCCCAGAUCCGCCUCACAAGAGACAAUCCGGAUGGAUUACGAACACCAAGAAUCUGAUUCGAGAUUUGUGCUUUCCAAACACCGACCCAGAAGAAGGACCAGUCCACCAAGACUCCACACCUCCCGCCCAUCUCCUGGAGCUUCUAAGACGCCGAUUAAUCAAAUGCACUUCUGCAACUGGUUCAGGAGGAUCUGAGCAAGCUAAAGGAGGAGAUGAAUGGUUCUCUUAUCGCUCCGCCACGGAGCUAAAGAAAGUGGGGAUCCAUUUCUCCCCGGCCAAAAACCGCUGUUUCUCGGAGAUUCGUCUCAACUCCUCAUUUCACUACGCUAGGCUGAUCCUACCCCCGGUGACAAUAGACGACUCCAGCAAAUCCCUGUUCUUGAACUUGGUAGCCUACGAAGCCUGCCCCGACAGCCCUGACGAUUUCGGGAUCUCGUCUUUCCUCAGCUUCAUGGAUUCGCUGAUCGACGACGCGGAAGACGUGAAGGAGCUGAGGAAGAAGGGGGUGGUGUUCAACCUGCUGGGAAGUGACCACGACGUGGCGGAGCUAUUCAAUGAGAUAUCCAGGGAUUUGGUGCCAAAUCCGCAUUACUAUGCCCAAGUUAAGCGGGACAUUCAGAGUCACUAUAAGAACAAGGGAAGAGUUUGGAUUACGGAAUGGAAGCACACCUAUUUCAGUAGCCCCUGGACUCUCAUUGCAUUCCUUGCUGCAACUUUCGUCAUCGCCAUGGACGUCUUCCAGACCAUCCUUACUUACAUCCAGACUUUUAAAAAAAAAUCAUCAUGAUCAUGAUCAUGGCUAUGUUCC